UAAAGCCCCAUCACAUAUCAAAUCCGAAGAGAUCAACUGUUUGAUAACCAGAGUCAUUUUUAUCAGAAAAGGAAAAAAUAAAAAAGAAAAGCUCUUGAAGAAAAUGGCAGGAAGAGGGAAAUCCUUGGGAUCCGCGGCAGCAAAGAAGGCAACAUCGAGAAGCAGCAAGGCCGGCCUUCAGUUUCCAGUAGGUCGUAUUGCUCGCUUCUUGAAAGCCGGAAAAUACGCCGAGCGCGUCGGUGCUGGCGCCCCUGUUUAUCUCGCUGCCGUUCUUGAGUAUCUUGCUGCUGAGGUAUUGGAAUUAGCUGGGAAUGCAGCAAGGGACAACAAGAAGAACAGAAUAGUGCCAAGGCACAUCCAAUUAGCAAUCAGGAAUGACGAGGAAUUAAGCAAGCUUCUUGGAACUGUUACUAUUGCUAAUGGUGGUGUUUUGCCCAACAUUCACGGCAUGUUGCUUCCUAAGAGACCUGGUACCAAAGGCCCCGGUGAUGACGACAAUUGAAAAAAAUUCCUAAACUGAAAUGUCUCAUACAAUUAGCAAUUAGUGUUUUGAUUUUUGAUUUGUUCUUCACUUUCAUAUUUAAACUUAAUUUUUUCCCCCUAUUUUGAUAAUUUCCUUGGUGUAAUUGAAAAAUCUUCAUAAAUGAAAUAGGGUAUUUCUUUUCUA